CACCAGCAAAAGCGGUAGCUAUGUUAAGCAAAAAUAUUAACAUCAAAAGCAACAGAAACAUGAAAGUCUGUUAGACUGGCAGAAGGAGCAAGCAAAUAAAAACUAAUCAUGAGUCGCCAGGAAACUUCAAAGAUCAUGUCCGCAGUCGAAGACACGUCGUCUUCAGCAGGACUUACAACGAUCACAACAUUAGGAACAUCACAAGUAGUAAGAACAGGUACAGAACCAACAUUUGUGGGCGCAACAUGCAGUAAAAUCUCAACAUCAACGCCUCAAAAAUGCGAUGUUUUGGAUCAGGAAUCACAUGAGUUUAUUAAUCGCAGCGUAACUAGCGAAAUAGAUCCCAGUGAUGGCAGCGUCGCCUGCGACGUGUCACUGUCUUUGUCUAUUAAUAGCAGCAGCAGCGGAGUCAGUCCCGUGGCUAAGCGACAUCUAAGCUCCGCCAAUCUGUCCCGUAUUCGCCCACAAUCUAGCUAUUCGGCACGCGUGCUUAUCUUUGACGACUCCGAUCAAGAAGUGGCUGCGACUGCAACAUCAGUAACAACAGGUGCUAACAGUGCUGAUGGCAGUAGCGGUGUGGAGUUGUUACCAUCAUCUCCAGCCAAGCUGGUACAUGAUAGCAGCAAUGGCUCAUCUCUGGUUCGGAAUCUCAAUUUAACCAAGAGCUCAAGCGGCGGCCUUUCUGGUAGCUCUAGCUCACUGCACUCCCGGGGAUACACGGCUCUGUUGCGCAAGAUUUCUUACCAGCAGCACACCAACUCUUUGCGCACCGUAAGCAGCGAAGCGUCCAAUCUGGUGCGGAUGCGUCAUUCGUCGCUGGGCAAGUCGGCGCCCUGUCUUACUGGCAAAUAUUUCCGGCAGGAGCUCUGCAAUAACUCAUCGCAAAUGGGUGGAAUCGUAGGCACAGGUGCGGUAGCGGGUGCUGGCGGUAUACAAAACUCGUUGGCCUCACCUGGUCUUAACAUCUCGCGCUCUGGGAGCGGCGUUGCUUUGACUAAGCAUCAUCAUCAUCAUCAUCAUCAUCUGCAUGGCGUAGUGAUGCGUGGCUCGAAUACAAGUUCUGGUGUUGCGGGCAGUGGCGGUGGGUGCAGUCCAGCUGGAGGAGGUGUGGCUCAUCACCGUCUUAGUUUGGUAACCAAUGCAGCGGGAGCUGCUGUCGGCUCACGCGCACAUUCGCCAUACUCAGCUAGCCCGGCGGACAGUCCCCGUCUCAACUCGCCAAUGCCUUUUGCCUUUGCGCCCAUUAAACGCAUUGCUUCUUGUCGUGGCGUGGUCGAUGGCAGGCGCUGGUCUGUAGCAUCGUUGCCCUCAUCCGGCUAUGGGACUACACCAGGAAGCUCUAAUUUAUCGUCGCAAUGCUCUAGCCAAGAAGCGCUAAACCACUUUCCGCAUAACAUUCCGCCUGGUCAAGAGGAGGCAGCUGCUCUCGCCGCUGGAGCUUGCUGCGCGGAGCAUUUAAAGCAGCAUUGCUCUAAGCAUUGCGCUUUAUUGCUCGCUGCCUGCAAGCAGCAGCAGCACCAGCAUCAUACAGCAAAGCUUUCCCAGCUGCAGCCGCAAUCAUUAAAGCCACAAACGGCUUGUAUUAAUUGCUGUGCAGAGCUGAGCGUUGUCUGCAAUAGUAAUAGUAGUGUCGCGCCUUCAUCAUCUGUGACUGGAAGCAUUGGCACAGGUCGCAUGUCGCCCUAUUUUCGCCCGCGAUCUCGUUCCCUGUCAAGCCCGUCGCGUUCUCCAAUUGUCGACAAUGAAAUUGCAGUAAUGAAUACUCUGUAUAAAGAGCGAUUUCCUAAGGCCACACAGCAAAUGGAGGAGCGCCUGAAGCACUUUAUUAACGAAAACAAAAGUGCUGCGUGCAGCAGCUUUCGAGAUUCGCAGCCAAUUGUACGCUUUGUCCAUCAUCAGGUGUUGGAGAUGGCACGUGACUGCUUACACAAAUCCGAAGCCAAGCUGAUAACGUCCCAGUACUUUUACGAACUAAGCGAAAAUCUGGAGCGACUGCUGCUCGAAACCAAAGAGAAGUCGCCAGAAGCUGCUGCCGAAUUGAGCGGUGUCAUUAAAAAGUUACUCUUAAUUAUCUCACGUCCUGCACGAUUGCUGGAGUGCCUAGAAUUCGAUCCCCAGGAAUUUUACGAGCUCCUUGAGGCAGCUGAAGGCCAUGCCAAAGCGAUGCCUGUAAUCAAGGCAGAUAUACCACAGUAUAUCAUACAAAAGCUUGGUCUGAAUCGUGAUCCCAUUGCAGAGCUUCAGCAGGAGAUGCGCGAAACGCAGCAAAUGUGCGCCGAGCAAGUGACUAGAACUGGGACUGUUGUGGACAAGCUAACCGAAACCCAGCCCAUUCCACUGCUUAAUUCACCACUCACAUCGGCGGCUAAGCAGUUAAGCAGCCUCACACUUGACGCCAUCCACCUGGAUACCACAAAUAAUUCCGGUGGCAGCGGAAGCUGCACCCCCCAGCCAAUAAUCCCACAACAGCCGCCGCAAACACCAGUAUUUUGCGAUGUACAGCCUACGCCCAGCUUUGCCUUGGCUAUAAGUCAGCUGAGUACGCCCAUUGACUCAGUGGCUGCCAAGCAUCAGCAGCAGCCAUUGCCUCAUGAAAAUGAUUUUGAUAUUGCAAAGCUGAUCUCGAACGGAGCCUAUGGCGCCGUCUAUCUGGUAAAGCACGUAACAACGCGCCAGCGCUUUGCAAUGAAAAAAAUCAACAAGAAUAAUCUCAUAUUGCGCAAUCAAGUAGAGCAGGUAUUUGCCGAGAGGGACAUAUUGUCGUUUGCGGACAAUCCUUUUGUAGUUAGCAUGUACUGCUCCUUUGAGACAAAGAAGCACCUGUGCUUGGUUAUGGAGUAUGUCGAAGGCGGCGAUUGCGGCACGCUGUUGAAAAACAUUGGACCGCUUCCGGCUGAUAUGGCGCGCUUCUACUUCGCCGAAACAGUAUUAGCCGUGGAGUAUCUGCACAGCUAUGGCAUUGUGCACCGCGAUCUCAAGCCAGAUAAUCUGCUAAUCACAGCCCUGGGACACAUAAAGCUCACUGACUUUGGGUUAUCCAAAAUGGGCCUCAUGUCACUGGCUACCAAUCUAUAUGAGGGCUAUAUUGAUUCGGAAACACGACAAUUUUCAGACAAGCAGGUAUAUGGGACACCUGAGUAUAUAGCACCUGAGGUGAUUUUGCGUCAAGGCUAUGGUAAGCCGGUUGACUGGUGGUCGAUGGGUAUCAUUCUUUAUGAGUUUCUGAUUGGCUGCGUGCCAUUUUUUGGGGAGACCGCUGAGGAGUUGUUCGCACACACUGUCAACGAUGACAUUGAGUGGCCAGACAGCGAAGAUUGGCCUGUGCAAUCAGAAGCGAAGGACAUUAUAACGGAGCUGCUACAGCAGAAUCCUCGCGACCGUCUUGGCACCCAGACUGGCGCCCUAGAGGUGAAGGAGCAUGUGUAUUUUCAAGGUAUGGACUGGAACUCUUUGCUGCGCCAGAAAGCAGAGUUUGUACCUCAACUAUCGCAUGAUGACGAUACCAGCUACUUUGAUACGCGCAUGGAUCGCUACAACCAUGAUCUGGGCGGCGAGGAUACCGACGACACUGAUGACACCCCCGUCUUUGGUAGCUUCAACUCGUAUACUCCGCAAUAUCGAAAGCAACAUUAUAGCUGGUCACGCCACCCGACGCCACCCACCACUAUAACGGACGGCAGCCUCAAGGCAAUGCCAGCUAUAUCGACAGCAGCAGCAACAUUGCCUUCGCAUGCGCAAGAAGGAGCAAUAGCCGUCAAGGCAACUGGUGCGACGACGAAGCUUAAGCCAUUAGCUGCGAGCCAAGAGGGCGUAGCCAAAAAGUUCUUGAAUACACCGCAGUUGCGCAAGUUGGACCUUUCCUCCACCUGCCCGAAGGUACCAUCUACGCCUGAUACUGAGUACUUGCCGGAGCUGUUGCACAAUGUCACAAUUGGGAACGACGCUGAGUUGCGCAUGCUCAAGCACUACUUGCAACAGCCCACUACAGCGGUUGGACGCAUGCAGCAGCGUCACAGCAUGCCACCGAACACAACUACAAUUAUUAGCACGCCGGCAACGCCGCCGCCGCCAAUGCAAUCUGUGGCGUCAACGAUAACCCCGCAUCCUCAGUCGCAGCCGCAGUUGACAAGCGUGAGUAGUUUUUCGCGCAGCACGCCGGAGAGUUCACAGACGGACAGCGACGAUUUUUCACCACAAAUAAAUCGCAAGCGUAAAGGUGUCUGUGCGCGAGACAUUUUGCCACGUUUCUCUAUUUCCAUUGAGGACGAGACCAUUAGUGCAGGCAGCUCCUCUACGGAAAAUAUGAAUUUAAAUAUCCGUGAGCAAUCACCGUUGGCGCUGCAGCACCAGCCUAAGUCGAUGGACGGCAGCAGCAGCAGCGCUUCGUGUGGAGGUGGCACCAAGCAUCAUCGUUCUCGUUCUAUUGUAAAGUCUGCUUCGGCCCUGGGACUCUCGCUAAUGUCAUCUAUAGACAAUACACAACUGGCGGCUCAUCUGUCUGGUAUACAAUCGCCUGGCGGUGGCAACGGUUCAAGCACGGCCAGCUCUAGAGAUACAUCGCCAUGUCGCGAGCUCUCUCCGUUAGUCACAAAUCUAAAACCACCAAUAAUUAUACGUCGGGGUCCACGUGGAUUUGGCUUCACAGUGCACACCAUACGCGUCUACUACGGAGACACAGACUUCUACACUAUGCACCAUCUAGUCAUGGCCGUAGAUGAGUUUAGUCCCGCCUUUGAGGCGGGCUUGCGUCCGGCCGAUCUGAUCACCCAUGUGAAUGGUGAGGCGGUGCAAGGCCUAUUCCACACCCAGGUGCUCCAGCUGCUGCUUAGCGGAGGAGAACAUGUAACGCUCCGUGCAACUCCAUUGGAGCAUACCAGCAUACAGAGUGGUGGACGCAAGCGCGACCUUAUGCAGAGCAAGCUGGCGAAGAAGGGCCUCAAUAGGCAGAAGAAGCAGACGAAACGAGAACACGACAAGAAACGGAAGACAUCACUUUUCCGACGUAUUAGCAGUAAGCGGGCCAAUGCCGAAAUGCAACAGUAUUCGGCGGGCACUAGCUCGCCCACCACGCCCUCAGCGCGUAAUUUGUCGCCCUUGGAUUCGUCGUACCACAGCAGCAGUUGCUGCCAGUCGGCAGUCAAUUCGUCGUCGCAAUCGACAUCUCCAUCAUCAUCAUCUCCAAAUACGCCCACCGGAUCCAGCUCGGGCAAUGGCAACAUUACAACCUCUAACUCGGCUCCGCUUGCACCAGUGGCUGCAUUGUGUGUCCAAUUACCUGUGUCACCAGGCACCAGUUCGGUCGUCUUGCUUCCGCAUGUGGGCGCUGUUGUGGGUAGUAGCGCCACAUCUGUCGGCAAUGUUCCAGUGUCGCCUACAGGAGUCGUGCCUCAGUUGUACCAACGUCCAUCAACGCUACAUGGUCUAAAGCACAAGCUUCACGCUGCCGCGGCAAGUGGAGCUGCGGCCAGCGGCACUACGGGCGGUCUUAAAACACUGCAUACUACGAGCAAUACUGCAUUGCCCAAUAGACGAAAGUCCGUAGGUCAUAUACCACUCUCCCCUUUGGCACGCACACCUUCACCGUCACCGCUGCCGUCUUCGCCAACACGCUCACCGUCGCCGCUGGCUUUCCCUCUUGUUGGUCACCAACCUGGUGCAUCGAACACCACGCAGUCGUAUAGUCCAGGCAGCACAUUGCCCACGUUGCAGGCGGUGGUUAGUGCUAACACGAAGAAGACUGGCUUUGCACGCACCAAAUCCGUAGAGCCCAGCUCCCCGCUUUUGCGGCGAGCUCUUUCUCCGGAUCGUCUGCAUCCGCGUAGUGCCGAAACGAAAAUAUCGCCGUUGUGCUGCUCCCCACCCAUCAAGCAGCAAACUCAACAUCAGCAUCGUGUAGUUGCAGCAUCAUGGCGACCUGCUCCUGGUGCCUCUGGAUCAAGUGCCUCUGCUACACACCAGCCAAAUCAGCUGCCAGUCAACAGCAGCGCUGAUGAAUCUCAAAGGCAGACAGUUCUUAUAGGUGCAUCUGCGGGGGCUGGAGCAGCAGCCCCUGUGUCUGCUCAACCCGAACAAGCAACGAACAAUGUGGUAAACAUACCCAGCAACUGUGAGCCACUACCGCGCAUUGCUGAGGAGAAGGACUCGCCGACUAGCAUCCAGGGCAGCUGCAACGUAUCCGAAGGUUUCAUGCCGGCCAUCGAAGAGUAUGCCGAAGGCGAGUCAUCGUCAUCGCCUACACAAACACUGGAGAGGCCUGCAGUAAAAUUAGAGCUAUCUGAGCGACCCAUAAGAGCCGACCGCGUUAAAUCAAGAGAGUCGACUGCCCAAAGCAAGACAUCAAUCAGUGGAUGUGGCAAAACAUUAAUAACAACGACUGGAAUGUCAGAUACUGGCGAGGACCUAUCUUCAGCUUCUGGGAGCAGAAAGCCCAUACCCACUACAACAUUAGUAACCGCUGCUACAGAAACAACAUCAAUGUCUGCAACAAGCGUAAACACAAACACCACCUUGACUGCCAAGCAGAAAAAGUAGCGCCAGAAAAAUUGAUGUUUUUGUUUUAAAUUUCAUGUUUAGCGUUUUAUCUCAAUGUCCCACAUAAAUGUUAAUAAUUGCAAAGAGCAAAAAGGCGUCCCAAUUUAGUCAGAGUAAUUAAGGGAUUGCAAACCAAGAUUAUUGUUUUUCUUGGGCAAUACCGCACUAAAUUAAAAAAAAAAAUAAUUGUAAUUAGAAAAUUGUCCCAGAAAUAUACUUUCUAGUAUGUAGUUUCUUAUUUAACAAAUUGAUAAAAUUAUUGUACAUUAUAGAAGGAAUAAUUAACAAGAUACUACCGAAGAGCCCAAAAAGCAUUAUAAAAGCAGGAACUUGCAAUUAUAAAUAACUUAUAUUGUACAUAAAUGUAUAACAUUACUAGAUUUACAGUGUCGUUAGCAGAAACUAAAAGGCUUGAAGAAAUUGCGUCGGAAUAGCAAACAUAAAUUGACUGUGGACUGGAAAAUACAAAUCCUUACAACCAACUACUCUGCUUGCUCAGUUCAAGUACUCUAGCGUUUUUGCGAAUCUAUAUACAUACUAUCCUGAAUUCAAUUAAAAAUUUCUUUAAAAUAAAUGUGUCCUAUAUGUAUGUGCGAUUAAAUUUACUGUUUGUCCUUAUUCUUCGAGCUCAGCCUUAAAACAGUUCAAAUUAUUUUAAACAUCGAUUUUGAUCUUAUCGCGAUAUUGUAACCGACGAUAUUUACUUUAU